ACACAAGUACUUUGUUUACUAGGGUUAAAACCUUGCAAAAAAACUUCAGAUUGAUUUGUAUUUGACUUUGUUUCACUGGACAUUACUUGUUGAUAAACUUUGGACAAUAGCUAGAUUAGUGUGUUUUGUUUAGUUUUGUUUAGUUUGAUAAUUAAUAAGACAAGAUACCUUAUUAUUUGAGUUAAAUCAAAGAUUUAGACAUCAAAAGCUUCAGUGGGCAACAAAAUGGCAACCUUUUCGCAACCCACUAUUGAAAAAGGAUCUGACAUGGUCCUAGACUUCUUGUGUUCGACCUGCGAAGAAAAGAAACUGGAGGAAUCAGCUGAUUAUUAUUGCGAAUCCUGCGUGAAGUUUUUCUGCAGCAAAUGUAUUGACUUGCACAGCCAGUUGUUUACGCAACAUUCCCCUCAUGGAAGAGGAGAUAUGAAGAAAUGGCCAGUUGCCAAGAAGAUGGAAGAUUUUCUUCUUAAAUGUGAAGUUCAUAAAGAAGAAAACAAUGAAAUGUUUUGCGAAGACCAUAGCCAGCUUUGCUGCAAUAAAUGUGCUUUUCUGAAUCACAGGACAUGCAAAAGGGUGAUUCUUUUAUCAGACUUGGUAAAAAGUACCCCCACAGACCUCAAACAAGUAUCAGUUACCAUCCAAACUACUUUGGCAAAACUGAAGGAGCUUCAAGAAAACCAGGAGGAUAGCAUUCAGUCUCUGCUAAGUUCAUAUGAUGAGCAGUUACACAAAAUACAGGAAAAUCGUAAAAAAAUAAUUGCAGCCUUAAACAAGCUUGAACAAAAGACAAAGCAGGAAUUGAAAGAUACACUGACCAAACUGCAAGCCCCUCUUGAACGGGAUAUCGACAAAUGUUCCACUCUUCAAGAUGAAUUAAAACAACUUGGAGAAGCUAUUCACGACAUUGGUGAUAAAAACAAGCAGGAACUAUCUCUUAUAGCCAGCAUUAAAUGCAAGGAGAAAAUUCAGCAGUUUGAAAAAUAUCAGAAGGAGAACUUUGUUGAAAUAAAAUCUUCAAUAUCUUUUCAGCCUAAUAAUAAAAUUGUGGAGUACCUUUCCAAGUUGUCAGGUCUUGGGAUGACAUUGACAGAGAUGCAAAAUCAAGACAAAGUAAUUAGGAUGGACAGGAAGUCUGAGUAUGAUGUACGCACAGAAGGUGAACUCAAAUGCUAUAUCAGAGACAUAUGUGUUCUUUCUAGUGGACAGGUCCUAGUUACAGACCAGUCGACAUAUAAGGUCAAGCUGUUGAGCCAAACAUACCAGGUGGUGAGUCACUGUAGUGUAUCUGAUGAGCUCAAUACUGAGCCAAUGGGCAUUUGUCAGAUCACUUCCAGUGAGUUUGGUAUUGCUGUUAGUCCAAUGGGCUCACACGGUGAUGGUUUUCCUCCUUCAAAGAUCCUUUUUAUCAAAGUCAACAAUAGCCAGCUGGUGAAAGACCGAAUACUUGAAUUUCAACAUUACUGUAAUAGUAUUGUCUACCAAAAGGGAGACCUGUUUGUAACCUCUGGCACUGCUCUGUUCAAGUACAAACUGAGUGAUACAUGUACACUUGUCAGCAAACUGCAUGAAGAUAAAUCAGAUACAUGGACAGUAGCACGUUGUGCAGUGAGCCCUACGGGUGACAAGUUGUAUAUCACUUGCCCCUCUCAGAACAAGCUGCUCACUCUGGCCAAGGAUGGAUCAAUCCUUGCCACCUUCAUGGACCCUGCACUAAAAUUGCUGACUGGUUUACACGUGACACCUGCAGGCCAGGUGCUUGUGUGUGGACGGGAUUCAAAAAAUAUCAUACAGGUGGAUAGUAAGGGUAGUAAGAAGCUGGCCACUCUUGCUACCCCGAUGGAUGGAGUUGAGAAUCCACAUUCAGUCUGCUACAACAGAAUUACUGACUCCAUUAUUGUGGGACAGUGGCAUCACAAAAAGAUCCUGGUGUACAAAGUGAAAUAGCUUAUUAUACCUGUAUCUUAUUUGUACUAUAAUAAGUGAUAUAAAUUACAAUAGCUGUAAAUAAUUGUUUUAUUACAAUUCAACAAUAUUUUUUGAAUAUAGUACAACUUGUAUAUGUGCAGUAUAAGGUGAUGAAAGUAACAAUAGCUGUUUAUGUAAUAGUGUAUGGAAAAUUGCAAGAAUGAUUUUGAAAUAUGGAUACACAUAUUUUUAUGCCCCCCGAAGGAGGUCAUAUAGUGAUCGGACUGUCCGUCCGUCCGUUUGUCACAAUUUUCGUUUAGGUUUUGAAAAAUGCUCAUAACUUCUAUGUCGCUUCAGAUAGCAACUUGAUAUUUGGCAUGCAUGUGUAUCUCAUGGAGCUGCACAUUUUGAGUGGUGAAACGUCAAGGUCAUCCUUCAAGGUCAAAGGUCAAAAAAACAAAUCCAAGGGAAGAAAUAAGCUUUAAAGGGAGAUAAUUAUCUGUACCUGCCAAAUGAUAAAAAAAAUCAAUCAAUCAAAGAGCUGCAGUAGGAGGCAUUGUGUUAUUGACAAACACAUCUCUUGUUCUAAAAUUAAAGUUAUUUUAAGCUCGGCUGUUUUCGGAGAAAACCCGAUGUAUUGUCAUAGCCAUAUUGUCGUCUGCCGUCAGCCGUCCGCGUUGUGCUAAAACCUUAACAUUUUGUUAAGGUUUUGAACAUUGGCUCUAAAAUCAAAGUGCCUCAACCUACAACUUUGAAACUUCAUAUGUAGCUGCACCUUGAUGAGUUCUACAUGCCGCACCCAUGUUUGGGUCACUAGGUCAAGGUCACUGUGACCCCUAAAAAAGAAACAAAAAAAAAUCUGACAAGCUUUCAUUUAUUAGCUCGACUUUUCGAAGAAAAAUAAGAGCUAUACUACUAGCCCCAAGAUCGCCGUCGCUUUCGGCGUUGGUUAAAGUUUUUUAUUAAAUCAAAUAACUUUAACACCAUCAAAGAUAAUUAACUCAAACUUGGAAUACUUCUUUAUGGCAACAAGAAAAUUGUGUAGGUUGAGGUGCAUGACUCUUGUCAGCAUUAUUUUUAGAGUUAUGCCCCUUUUUAUACUUAGAAAAUUAAUUUUUUGUUAAGUUUUGUGUUAAUUUUUAUGUCCACUUUAUUUCUAAAGUAUCAAAGCUAUUGCUUUCAUACUUGCAACACUUACUAACUAUCGUAAGGGGACUGUGCAGGCAAAGUAAUGUAACUCUGACUGGCAUUUUGACAGAAUUAUGGCCCCUGUUAUACUUACAAAAUUGAAAAUUUGGUUAAGUUUUGUGUAUUGGUCCAUUUUACUCCUAAAGUAUCAUAGCUAUUGCUUUCAGACUUGGAACACUCGCUAACUAUCAUAAGAGGACUGUACAGGACAAGUUGCAUAACUAUGGUUGGCAUUUUGACGGAAUUAUGGCCCUUUUUUGACUUAGUAACUUUGAAUUUUUUGUUAAAUGUUGUGUUUAGAUGCACUUUACUUCUAAAGUAUCAAGGCUUUUGCUUUAAAACUUCAAAAA